AUGGCUUCACGAUUCCCACGCUCCAACCUACACCAGCGCGAUCCUCGUGCCUCCUCGUCCCUUUUCGAUUCAUACGGUGGCGGUUCUCGACCCGCCAGUAAAUCCCCGGGCAGCGUAGGUGGUUACGGGUAUGGAGGAUACACGCCCCCGGCCGGGGAUGGCUCCGUGAAUGGCAACUCCAGGGGAGGCUUUCGUUCUGCGACCCCAAACGCCAAGGGUCAUUACUCCGACGCUGUACUCUCCCAUCUAGAGUCUCAGAAUGACGCAGAGGUCGAGGGAAUCAGUGCCAAGGUCAAGAUGUUGAAAGAUCUCACGGUUGCUAUUGGCGACGAGAUCCGGGAUACCUCCACCAUAUCGGACCUCAAUAACACCUUCGAAAACACUCGUGUUCGUCUCCGCGGAAAUAUGAACCGUAUGCUGCGGAUGGCAGAGCGCACCGGCGUUAGCUGGAAAGUGUGGCUCGCUUUCUUCUUCGCCGUCUUCUUGCUCUUUUUCUACGUCUGGCUGACGUGA